CGGGGCGCGGGAUGCCGCGCUUCCGGUUCCGGUGCGCGCUGACCUUGCCCGCGCGGAGCCGCAGCUAUGGUGGCGUACUGGCGGCAGGCCGGGCUCAGUUACAUCCGUUACUCACAGAUCUGUGCGCAGGUUGUGAGAGCGGCGAUGAAGCCUCAGUACAAGGCAGAGGCAGAGAGAGCGGCCAUGGCCACAGUGAAAACGGUGAAACCCAAGAAGGAGUAAAAGUGCUGAUCUUCAUGCGGACAGCUGGAGUGGAUUGCUGGCUGCGGAUGUCUCUGCAUCCUGGUAACAUUGGGAUAGGAAACUGCAUAAGCUCGCCAGCCCCAUAAAUUGAGAUGUUCUCUCUCAGGACCUGAAUGGUCUGAGGUUGGUCAGAGUUGUUAUGGAUGCAUACAAAACAGCUGCAUUUCUGUGGUGGUGUUCAUAGGUUUCUUGUUUCUUCCUUUACUGAGCCAAGAGACAGCCUCUCUGAAUGGCUCUUUCCCCUCAUGAGCAGACUUAUCUGUGCAAGGCUUAUCUGCCGUCUGUGAAAGAGAGAUCCUACUCAUACCUUCAUUUGUCACAUUGCUUACAUCAUGAGCAGCUGAAAUCUCUUCUAAGUAGAACAGCUUCUAUUCCUAAUCUGAGAUUAACUGUUAUUACUUUUUGUUUGAAGCUUGCUUUGUAUAGAUUGUUGACUCAAAUAACUUGUAUCU